ACAGGGGGAGCAUGCGAGCCCGCCAGACCUAUAUAAACAGACGUUGCUUCUCAAACACCACUUGCUGCCCAGUCUUGCUACUUACUACUACUGCUACGACAACUACUACUACUACUACUACUUCCGGUACUACUACUUCUACUACUACUGCUGGUGUUUUUUCGAGAACGAGACAUGAGGAUCACCAUGAGGCUAACACGGGUGCUGACGCUGCUGAUGGUGCUGGCGGUGGUGAUGAUGAUGGUGCUGGACGCCGCGGAGGCCGACAGGGAAAACAGAAGAAGAGCAGGAGGAGGAGGAGGAGGAGGUGGGAGUGGACAAGGGAGACGAGGUGGCAGAGGCGGCGGAGGAGGAAGAGGGAGACGCCUACCCCUUCGAGGACUGGAAAAGUGCCUGUGUGGGAGGGAUCCAGAGACGCCAGACUGCACCAACUGCUUUGAUCGACUCAGGAACAACACGAUUACGGAUUGGGCCAACUUCGGCGAGUGUUUGAACAAUGCCCAGGCACCAGUACCAACGCCGGGAUUCAACUCCACGUGUGUCCCUUCAGGCUCACCCAGAAGACAUCGCUGAAGCUAAGGACGACUCAACACCACUAACACCACCACCACCACCACCACUUACUCCAAACUUCACCAUCACCAAACAACCUCGACGUCUCCACUUACAACCUUCAAUUAUAACAUCUCCACCACUCUAACUGCAAUAUUAUUUAACUAAGCUGCUACACACACACACACACACACACACACACACACACACACACACACACACACACACACACACACACACACACAAACACUGUUAAUUAUUCUAAUGUGUCUGUUUAUUUUGUAUAUAUAAAUAUUUGUCAAACAUAUCUGACGGUAGAUUUUCGUUUUCCUUAAUUCUCAGUGUUCCUUCGUAUUAUAAUCUUCGUAAACUCUUGUCCGCCUCUCUUACAUACAUUUGCUCAGUAACAGGACAUUGAGACCACACCAACCCCAGCACUGAGCCUUUCUUUCAUCAUCUCUGCAUAGCAUUCUCUUGCAGUCUUCGUCUCUCAUACUGAAUUCAUGCCAUACUUAAAUGUGUUUGUUUUAAUUUUAUAAGCUUCAAGUCGCCUCAUAUUUUCAUCCCAUUCAUAAAUUCACUGCAAGAUACGUCACUCAUUCAUCUUUCCACCCAUGCACUCUUCCAUUCAUUCCUCCUACCCAUCUCUCUCUCUCUCUCUCUCUCUCUCUCUCUCUCUCUCUCUCUCUCUCUCUCUCUCUCUCUGAUCACUCUCUCUCUCUUAAGCUGAUUUAGUGUUACUUUGGUUGUUACCUCUGACGUAUUAAAACUCUCCAGUCCUGUGAAGCAUCUAUACGUUAAUAAAUCUGCCAUAAAAGAAAACAGGCUUGUAGCAGUUUUCUGUGGCUUGUCGUCAUCAUAAAAUUGUUGUGAAUAAAUAAUCUGCUUAUGCUGAAACCUGGGAGAAUGAGGAGAGGUGAGUGUUGUGUGGCUGUAACCUUCACGAGCUGUGUUUAUCUAUCUAUCAAUCUAUCUACUUUAAUGUAUAGGGAGAUGGUUAGAACAGAAGGAUAUAUUAAUUGAUAGAUGAACACACACACACACACACACACACACACACACACACAGAGAGAGAGAGAGAGAGAGAGAGAGAGAGAGAGAGAGAGAGAGAGAGAGAGAGAGAGAGAGAGAGAGAGAGAGAGAGAGAGAGAGACUGUCCCGGAUCCAGUGCCCCCCGUUUGGCUUUUACCCAAGUCCGGCACAAGUCUUUGGCUCUUAACUACCCUCUUACGGAUUCUAUUAAUUUUUCUCUUCUUAUAUCUCUAGCUUCCUCUUGGGGCUAUCUGUUUCCACUGUGGUGGGCGGUCGCUGUUGUACUUCAAAACUAAUAAAAAAAUUCUGUUGA